CCGCCUGCUGUCCCCUUUCCCGGUGUCCCCUCCUUAGCGGGUGUCCCCGCCCACCCGGGGGUCCCUGCCCCACCCGGGGGUCCCCCCGGUGUCGCCCCCCGCGUCCCCCCAUGGAGAACUUCCAGAAGGUGGAGAAGAUCGGCGAGGGCACCUACGGCGUGGUCUACAAGGCGCGCAACAAGGUGACGGGGGAGGUGGUGGCCCUCAAGAAGAUCCGCCUGGACACGGAGACCGAGGGUGUCCCCAGCACGGCCAUCAGGGAGAUCUCGCUGCUCAAGGAGCUCAACCACCCCAACAUCGUCAAGCUGCUGGAUGUCAUCCACACGGAGAACAAGCUGUACCUGGUGUUCGAGUUCCUGCACCAGGACCUGAAGAAGUUCAUGGACUCCUCGUCCCUCAGCGGGAUCGCGCUGCCGCUCAUCAAGAGCUACCUGUUCCAGCUGCUGCAGGGCCUGGCCUUCUGCCACGCUCACCGGGUGCUGCACCGGGACCUGAAGCCGCAGAAUUUGCUCAUCAACGCCGAGGGCUCCAUCAAGCUGGCAGACUUCGGGCUGGCCCGGGCCUUUGGGGUGCCCGUCAGGACCUACACACACGAGGUGGUGACACUCUGGUACCGCGCCCCCGAGAUCCUGCUGGGCUGCAAAUAUUACAGCACGGCCGUGGACAUCUGGAGCCUGGGCUGCAUCUUCGCCGAGAUGAUCACUCGCCGCGCGCUGUUCCCCGGUGACUCCGAGAUCGACCAGCUGUUCCGCAUUUUCCGCACGCUGGGCACGCCGGACGAGGCCGCCUGGCCGGGGGUGUCGGCGCUGCCCGACUACAAGGCCACCUUCCCCCGCUGGGCGCGCCAGGACCUGGCCAAGGUGCUGCCGCCGCUGGACGACGAGGGCCGCAAGCUGCUGGCGGUGAGGCCGCCCGGCCCUGCUUUUUCCCCAUUUUUCCUGAUUUUCCCCAAAUUUUCCCUGAUUUUUCCCAAUUUUUCCCUGAUUUUUCCCAAUUUUCCCCCAAAUUUUUUUUUAUUUUCCCACUUCUUCCUUGCUGCCAUCGUGGUCUGUGACAUCACCAACCAGGAGACGUUUGCCCGGGCCCGGGGCUGGGUGAAGGAGCUGCAGCGCCAGGCCAGCCCCAGCAUCGUCAUCGCCCUGGCCGGGAACAAGGCGGACCUGGCCAGCAAGAGGAUGGUGGAGUACGAGGAAGCCCAGGCCUACGCUGAUGACAACAGCCUGCUCUUCAUGGAGACCUCGGCCAAGACAGCCAUGAAUGUCAACGACCUCUUCCUGGCCAUCGCCAAGAAGCUGCCAAAGACGGAGCCGCAGAGCACGGGCGGGGCCGGGGGCCGGGGCCGGGGCGUGGACCUGAGCGAGCAGAGCCCGCCGGGCCGCGGGCAGUGCUGCAGCAACUGAGGGGUCCAGGGGAUCCAAUGGGAUCCAGUGGGAUCA